GAAGCCAUUUGAUCAGUUCGGACCGGAACUCUUUAUUAGCGUGCCUGCCUAGGUGUAGGUGCUGAGUGGGCUUAUAACCCCACUCACUACUAGUACUAGUUAGUGAUCAUAGUUAUGACACUACCAACUUUAGUCUACCUAUUCCUCCAGUCCAAAAAGAAAUAAUCAAUUGCUACUUAAAUCGCCUCUUCUUCCUUCUUUCUUCCUCCUUCCUUCUUCAUCCACUUCCACAACCAAAAAAAUAAUCAUCGCAAACCACAAAACUUUCCAAAGCAAGGCCCAAUACAAAAUUCAACAGUAAAGUAAAAACACCAGUCAAUAUGCCUAAGAAUAAGGGAAAGGUAAGACACCGUCGCAUUUUCUUUUUUUAUAUUAAAAAUAUUCCACCCCACAAUCUUGAUUCAGGCUGACACGAUUGCGGAAAAUAGGGAGGAAAGAACAGGCGUCGUGGGAAGAACGAGAACGACAACGAGAAGCGUGAAUUAACAUUCAAGGAAGAAGGUCAAGGUAAUAUACCCUCUAUCUUUUACUCCCUACAGCUGCUCUCCUGUCUAUCUCUCCUGACCGCUUCAACUCCAAAGCGUUUGCAUCGCACACACACAACUAACCAGCUAUCCUUUCACAGAAUAUGCCCAAGUCAUCAAGAUGCUCGGAAACGGUCGUCUAGAAGCUCUCUGCUUCGACGGUACCAGACGUCUCGCACAUAUUCGAGGAAAGCUCAGAAAGAAGGUCUGGAUUAACCAAGGAGACAUCAUCCUCCUCUCCCUCCGUGACUACCAAGACGAGAAGGGAGACGUCAUUCUCAAGUACAGCGCCGAUGAAGCCAGAAGUUUGAAAGCCUAUGGAGAAUUACCUGAGAGCGCAAAGAUCAACGAGACCGAUACUUACGGACAAGGCGAGGAUGGAGAUUGCAACUUCGAGUUCGAUGACGAUAGGGAUAGUGGUAGUGACUCGGAUGACGCUGCCGAUGGAGGAAAGGGCAAGGAGAUCGAUAUCGAUGAUAUCUAAAUCCUCCAGAGGUUGAUGUGGUCCCCUCCACGAAGGUUGACUAUGGUGGUUAGGGGGAUGGAAAGAAAGACUGUCUUCUCUCUCAAUCUCGUUGGAUUUGGUCAUUGUUUCACUCGCUGGAUCCCGAGAACCUCGACAGGCAUUUUUCCUUCUAGAUCUUCAUUUUGACUGGCGAUAUGUAUAUAGUGGGAGAGACGUUAUACACAUAUUGGCCAGCGUUUUCCUUUCCA